AUGGCUACUGCAAAGCGACCAAACUUUCUUGUUAUUGUCGCAGACGACCUGGGCUACAGCGACAUCGGCUGCUUCGGGUCCGAAAUCAAGACGCCUGCCCUCGACCGUCUCGCCAAAUCAGGAGUGAAGCUCACAAAUUUCCACACCGCUUCAGCAUGUUCGCCCACGAGAAGUAUGCUCUUCUCCGGCACGGACAACCACAUUGCCGGGCUUGGCCAGAUGACAGAGCACAUGGCAGGCUAUCGCGAGGCGUACAAGGGUCGCGAAGGGUACGAAGGGUACCUCAACUUCAAAGUCGCGGCAUUGAGUGAAAUCUUGCAAGAUGCUGGUUAUCACACGAUCAUGUCUGGCAAAUGGCAUCUUGGUCUACAAAAGGAAACUGCCCCAUGCUCUCGCGGUUUUGACAAGAGCUUCGUGUUUCUCACCGGCUGCGGUAAUCACUUCAACUACGAGCCUCAACUUGAAGACCCGUCGCACGGUAUUUUUUCUCCGAUGAAUACCACCGAGUUUUGGAUGAGGGACGACAAAUUCCUGGACCGCACCAAGGACAUUCCCAAAGAUUUUUAUUCGACGACAUCCUUCUCAGACCAGCUUAUCGACUAUCUCAAGGAGAGAGACGACAAAGACCAGCCAUUCUUCGCAUACUUGCCAUUCACUGCUCCCCACUGGCCGCUCCAAGCACCCCGGGAAACGAUCGAGAGAUACAAGGGCCUUUAUGACAACGGGCCGGCGGCGUUGCGCACUUCAAGACUGAAGAAGCUCGUGGAGCUCGGAAUUAUUGCCGACAACGUGGAGCCUGCUCCCAUGACUGCUGAGCAGUGGGACAACAUGACGCCCGAAGAGAGAUCAGAAUCAGCGCGCAAGAUGGAGGUUUUCGCCGCAAUGGUUGACUUGAUUGACUCCAAUGUUGGCAGGGUUGUCGAUUACCUCGAGAGUGCAGAUGAGCUCGACAACACAUUUAUUCUCUUCAUGUCGGAUAAUGGCGCCGAGGGAGCAAUGCUCGAAGCUAUUCCCAUGAUGGGUAGUGCGGGAACUGUGACGAAGAUUAUCAACAAGUAUUACAACAACUCGAUUGAGAAUAUGGGCAUGUCAGAUUCGUACAUCUGGUAUGGAUCAGAGUGGGCCAUGGCAUCGAUGGCCCCUUCAAGAGGUUUCAAGACGUGGAUCACCGAGGGAGGAAUCCGGUGCCCGUGUCUGAUACACUACCCAGCAUUUUCCAAGUCCGGGUCCAACACAGACUCGUUUUCUACAGUCAUGGACAUCCUCCCAACGGUGUUGGACCUUGCCGGAGUUCCUUUGCCGGGAAGGACUUUCCGCGGUCGAGAGGUUGUUCCAGUGCGUGGAGAAUCCUGGGUACCCCAUCUAUCCGAAAAGUCUGCCGCGUUCCAUGACGAGGAGAAGCACAUUACGGGGUGGGAGCUAUUCGGCCUGCGAGCCAUCCGGGAGGGUUACUGGAAAGCGUUGUACAUGAACGCCCCGAGGGGAAAGGACAAGUGGGAGCUGUAUGAUCUCAAGACGGAUCCUGGUGAGGUGCACGAUCUCGCCGAUGAGAAACCGGACGUGUUGGAGCGGUUGGUGGAACAUUGGGAGGUGUAUUAUUCCGAGACGGGAAUGUUCGAUCCUGGCCACGAGUUCGGGAUAACGAAAAUAUAA